AUGUGCAUCAGGACUCCCCCACCCCUGCUGUUACUGCCCCUGCUGCUGCUGCUGGCGCUGGGACCCGGGGGGCUGGGCUGUCCACCUGGCUGCCAGUGCAGCCAGCCUCGGACAGUGUUCUGUGCCGCCCGCAAGGGCCUCACGGUGCCCCAAGACUUGCCACCUGACACAACUGACCUGUAUGUCUUUGGGAACAACAUCACUACGCUAGAUGUGGGCAGCUUUGUCAGCCUGCCCGGCCUGCAGCUGCUGGACCUGUCACAAAACCAGAUUGCCAGCCUGCCUGGCGGGGUCUUCCAGCCACUGGCCAACCUCAGUAAUCUGGAUCUGAGUGGCAACCUCCUCCGUGAGGUCACCAAUGAGACGUUCCGUGGCCUACGGCGUCUUGAGCGUCUCUACCUGGGCAAGAACUCUAUCCAUCACAUCGAGCUCGGGGCCUUCGACGCGUUGGACCACCUCCUGGAGCUCAAGCUGCAAGACAACGAGCUCCGGGCACUGCCUCCUAUGCGCUUACCUCGCCUGCUGCUGCUUGAUCUCAGCCACAACCACCUGCCAGAGCUGGGAGCAGGCACCCUGCAGGCUGCCAACUUGGAGGCCCUGCGGCUGGCAGGCCUGGGGCUACAGCAGCUGGACGAGGGCCUUCUAGGACCACUGCAAAACCUGCAUGACCUGGAUGUGUCCGACAACCAGCUGGAGCGCGUGCCGCCCGCUGUCUGCAGUCUACGGGGUCUGACUCGUCUGCGGCUGGCUGGCAACCCCCGCAUCGCCCAGCUGCGGCCCGAGGACUUGGACGGUCUAACGGCUCUGCAGGAACUGGACCUCAGCAACCUGAGCCUCCAGGCCCUCCCAUCCAACCUUCCUGGUCUCUUCCCCCGCCUGCGGCUCUUGGCAGCUGCCCGCAACCCCUUCAACUGCCUGUGUCCCCUGAGCUGGUUUGGCCAGUGGGUACGUGAAAGCCGGGUCACACUGGCCAGUCCUGAGGAGACGCGCUGCCACUUCCCACCCAAGAAUGCCGGUCGGCUCCUCCUGCAGCUGGACUACGCUGACUUUGGCUGCCCAGCCACCACCACCACCCCCACCCCGCCUACCACCAGGCCCACCAUGAGGGAGCCAUCACCCUCCCGGUCCAGCGAGGCACCCACCAGGCUCCAUCUCACAGACUUCACCACCCAGGCACCCAGUCAACCUCCCACCCCCCUGCCCACCACACGGCCUGCCCCUCAGCCCCAGAACUGCCCUUUGUCCACCUGCUUCAAUGGAGGUACUUGUCACAUGGGGCCUCAACGCCACAUGUCAUGUCUGUGUCCUGAGAAUUUUACAGGUUUGUACUGUGAGAGUCGGCUGAGGCAGGGGCCACGAGCUAGCCCUGUGCCCACCACACCCAUGGUGCCAUGGCCCCUGCCCCUGGGGGUGGAGCCCGUGAGCCCCACCUCCCUGCGGGUAGGGCUCCAGCGCUACCUACACAGCACUGCACAACUGAAGACUCUCCGCCUCACCUACCGCAACCUCUCGGGCCCUGACAAGCGACCAGUUACACUGCGGCUGCCCGCCAGGCUUGCUGAGUACACGGUCACCCAGCUACAACCCAAUGCCACCUACUCCAUCUGUGUCAGAGCCCUGGGGGCCGGGGAUGAGGAGGCCUGCGGGGAGGCCCACACCCCCCCGGCUGUCCGCUCCAACCACGCACCCGUCACUCAGGCACGAGAGGGCAAUCUGCCCCUGCUCAUUGCGCCCACUCUGGCCGCAGUGCUGCUGGCUGCCCUAGCAGCCGUGGGGGCAGCCUACUGCAUGCGGAGGGGGCAAGCAGCUGCAGCUGCUAGGAGCAAGGGGCAGGUGGGGCCAGGGGCUGGGCCCCUGGAGCUGGAGGGGGUGAAGGCCCCCCUGGAGCCAGGCCCCAAGGUGACUGAAGGUGGGGAGGUUCCAGUGGGCGGGCCUGAGUGCGAGGUGCCACUCAUGGGCUAUCCGGGGCCCAUCCUCCAAGGGCCCCGUCCCUCUAAGCCCUACAUCUAA